AUGGCUGAUUCAAAACUGGUUAUACCAUUGGAAUCAAAUCCAACUAUAUUCACAGAUUUAGCUCAUAAAUUAGGUGUAUCCCCUAUCUUACAAUUUCAUGAUGUUUAUUCUUUAACUGACCAUGAAUUAUUAAGUUUUUUACCUCAACCAAUUUAUGCUAUAAUAUUAUUAUUCCCAUUAACUAAAAACUAUGAAACUUAUAAAACUCAACAAGAUUCUCAAAAACAACCAUAUUCAAAUGAAAAUAAAGAUAAAAUUAAAUGGUUUAAACAAACUAUUGCAAAUGGUUGUGGUUUAUAUGCUUUAUUACAUAUUUUAUCAAAUUUGCCCCACGAUUUAAUAAUAAAAAAUCUGAAAAUUUCAAAUAUUAUAAAUCAAAUAUCAAAUCAAGAUUUAACAAUCGAUGAUGAAAGUAAAAUUAUUGAAAACUUAGAAAAUUCAAUUAAAUUAGAUGAAAAUUUUGGUGAAAAAGGUACUACUGAAAUUCCUGAAGAAGUUAAUUUACAUUUUAUUACAUUUAUAAAAUCAAAAGAUAAUCAUUUAUACGAAUUAGAUGGAAGAAGGAAUGGUCCAAUUGAUCUUGGAGAAUGCACUAAAGAUUCAAUAAUUUAUGAAGAUUCAGUUACAAAGAAAAUUCAAUUUUACAUUGAUCAUGCUGAUGAAGAGAAUAAACAUAAUUUUGCUUUGAUGGCAAUUGGUCCAACACUAGAUUAA